UGUACAGUUUUGUUGCUAAGCAGGCAGGCAUAGCACUCUCAGUUGUAUUGUAUUGUAGCCUACAUGGGACAAUAGAUGGAAAUUGUUUAUAUUGUGUCACAUCACAUUACGGUCUGUUAAGUUUAACUGUCCAUCUCAAAAAAAAUUGAAAAUUUACACUGUCAUUGCAAAGUACUGCGUAUUUGGUCGUGACAAGCCGGUGGCUGGGGUGGGGUGACAGCCCUGAUCCUUUGCGCUCAUGACGUCCACGUCGCAACACGCAUGCAUGCGGAACUUUUCCCCCAGUACACUUGAUGCACACGGACACUAAAAUAGGGUGCACUUCCGGAAUUCUCGCCGUUUUGUUGUCCAGUGAAUAAAUGGCGGUCCUUACAAAUACGCGGUUAUUCCGCGGUGCAAAACGGACAAUAUAAAUUGUUUGAAAGAACAAUUUCCUCACGUUACUGCCGGAAUAAUAUGUUCAAAAAGAUGACAGAAUUCGGUCCAGAUUCCGGUGGUCGGGUUAAGGGAGUUACUAUUGUGAAGCCUAUCGUAUUUGGAAACGUCGCUCGUUACUUUGGAAAGAAGCGAGAGGAAGAUGGACACACUCACCAGUGGUCCGUUUAUGUGAAGCCUUACAGAAAUGAGGAUAUGUCAGCAUAUGUGAAGAAAAUCCAAUUUAAACUGCAUGAGAGCUAUGGUAACCCACUCAGAGUGGUGACCAAGCCCCCCUAUGAAAUCACAGAGACCGGCUGGGGAGAGUUUGAGAUUACCAUCAAAAUCGUCUUUAUUGAUCCCAAUGAGAGAUCUGUGACCCUUUACCAUCUACUGAAGCUCUUCCAGUCCGACUCCAGCGCCAUGCCGAAGAAAACGGUCGUGUCGGAAUUCUACGAUGAAAUGAUCUUCCAGGAUCCGACAGCCAUGAUGCAGCAGCUACUGACCACAACUCGGCAACUCACGCUGGGCGCUUACAAACAUGAGACGGAAUUCGGCGAGCUUGAGCAGAGGACCAAGGAAAAAAUGGAGGCAGCCAAGAAGAGGACAAGUCAGGAGAUCGCUGAGCUAAAAGACAAGCUGAAAGCCAGCAGGGAGAACAUCAACCACCUCAAGAUGGAGAUCAGAAAACUGGAGGACGAUGGAGAUCACAAGGACCACUGAGUGAUACCCAGUCUCACACGUCACAUCUGCUUUUCAUUUUUUUUGGGUUUGUUUUUAAAUGUGGCCAUGUAGGAGGUAGAUUUAGGUGUUAUUAUUCAAUCCAAAAAAAGUCACUUCAAUUAAAAUGUGUUUGAAUGCAAAAUGAAAUUUGAAACUCAAAAUCAUUUGAACUUUUUCUCAGAUUUUAUUUCAUUUUUUAUGCUUGAAGAAGUGACUUUUUUGAUUGGAACAACUUUUUUGAUUGAAGUAAUAAUGUCUUGCAUUGGGUCAAAUUUUGGUUAGGACACUUGCGUCUUUAUUAUUCAAUCAAAAAAUAAGUUGCUUCACCCCACCAGCCUACUUGGCGAGUGGUGGCCAUGAUUCUUGCUUCAUCAAGCUUAACAGGCUCACGCCAUUGGCGUAGCCACUUGUCACUCAAACAUGUCUGACCAAUAGCAAAGCGCAACAUUUGUCUCAAAAUGAUUCAAUAAUAAAAAGUGCAUUCAAAACUUUUUGCACUCAAAAAAAGUGACACUUCAAUCAAAAAAAAAAAAAAAAAUUCAAACAUAUUUUUUGGAGGAUUAAAUGAUUUAGACGCAAAUGUCCUACCCAUAAUAUGACCAAAAGAAAAAAUGGAUUGCUUUAAUCAAAGAAAACAUAAUUUUCAAUGAAAAAUUAAGUGUUCAAAUGCAAAUUUGAAAGUUUUUUUUUUUCACAUUCAAAAAAGUUUUUUCAAUGAUUUUUUUUUUUUUUAAUAUUUUGAUUUUUCUUUUGAAAAUAUAUAUUUUUUUGUUUGAAGCAACUCAUUUUUUGAUUGAAUAAUAAUGUCCUAGCCAAAAUGUGGCCCAAACGCAAAACAUUACUUCAAUCAAAAGUCGUUCCAAUCAAAACAAAAAGAAAAAUUGUUUUUUAAAUGCAUUUUUUUUAGUUUCAAAUUUAUUUUUGCAUUCAAACGCAGUUUUUUAUUGAAAAUAUAGAUUUUGAUUUAAGCAACUAUCUUUUUGAUUGAAUAAUAAAGACAAAUUUACCUCCAUAUAGAUGUUUACUUUCCCAUUAAAUUUUUUUUUUUUUUUACAUAAAUGUCUUUUCUGAAGUAUUUUUUAAACUUCUGAGAAGUACGUAUGACUUGUAUUAUUUUGCUUUAAAUAUAAAGCCAACAUUUGAAAAGCAUUACGAUUUCCUGCAGUCUUUGAAUGCCACAUGACAGCAGGAAGUUCACCUCCUGUUUCCAAUUCUCAUGGAUUAUCACUAGUGAGCUGCUCAGUCUGUCAAACUGAUCAGCCAUUUAACUUGAAAAAGUAUUAUUUUGUUUGUUCUUUCUUCCAUUCUUUAAAAAGCAAAUAUACCCAACAGAUGAAAGGGAAAAUAAUUUAAAAAUACAACAAGUGGAGAAAGUAAGUGCACUUUUCACUGGUGACAUUGCAAAGGAGGACUCAAUGAGGGUGUGUUACCUUGUCGUAUUGGCUAUGAGCCUUAGUGAGCAUCUGGAUGAUAUCUACCACCUGCCCUUCACCCUGAUCGCCGCCUGCACCUUCCCCCGAGGGCAGCCAGCCGCCCUGCCCCACCGCUUGUUCCAGCUGAGUCAGACUACACAUACACA